UCCUUAAUUCUGCCAAUGGUUUUCCGUGAAACCUGAUACUAAAAAUCAACGCGAAUUACAUGAAAAAAAACUAGUUUUUCUCACCGGUGCCGCUAUAUUUUGAAUGUAGACAAAUUGCGUACGUUUAUUCUAAUAUGUGUUGAGUAGACUAUAUAAGCUGGGCCUUAGAGAAGUGUUCGUUGUUUUCUUGACCUAUAUGUUUACACAAGCAGUCGGGCGUGUAAUAAAGCGGUGAUAUCAUCAGCGGAUUCCAGGUAUGCCGCCAGAGAAAGACAUCAUUACCAAAGGCUGGGAGAAGUUGGACGACGAAGUUAUUAUUAAGGAUGUAGCCACUAAAGGCAAACACGUCCAGCUCUGCAUUACCUAUCUGGCCGAAAAGAAUGAGUUGACACAUACCGAAGCAAGGAAUUAUUUUCUUCAGAAGGUUAACGCGUACGUUCAUCGGUUGCUGACAAACCGACAGCUCUACAAGGCGGAACAUAUUCUAGCCAACAUCAAUUGGGUGUCGAAAUAUGUGUUCUAUCAAAUCGCGGCGGAAACGAGUGACUACGACCUGAGGGCCUAUAUUCGGGAGCAUUUGGCCAAAACUAUCGAAAACUAUAGUGGCGAAUCCGGCGAAGAAAGACUGAUCGAGGCCAACUGGAGGGUGUACUGCCUGCUCAAGGGCAACGUGCGCCAGUUGGCUGAGUUACUUCGUGAGCUCGACAGUGGCUACAGUGUGCUGGAAAUCGAAACCAUGUCAUUCAAUACGUUCUAUGCCAAGGAGGAAGCGUACCGAAAUGCGGUCGCACUGGAUUUGUUUUUCAAGAAUCAAGAAACGGAGAUCUCCCCUCUACUGGACAAGUAUACCGUGUGGAGCUAUCUGUUGAAGAACAACAUCGAUAACUUGAUCAAAAUAUGGAUACAAAUCAACGCAUGUCAGCGAUCGCUGCCGGAGCUGACUCAGAACCCGACGAGCUACUCAGCUGAUAUGGCCAAAAUCAAAAUUGAUAUUUACGACGAUCCACGGUUCAACGAACGCUUGCGGCAGCUGUUCGGACGGUGGGAGAUCAACGAUUUCAUGGUGUCCCAGCUCUCUAACCAGAAAAGUAUGUGCCGGAAUGAAGUUCUGUUGAAUGCACUGGCCAGCUACGGGAAAUUCGUAGACCAUGAACGAACGGAUCCACUGCAGAUACUGAGUCGACUAUUCACCACGCAAACGUUGGAGGUGAACAGGGCGUGGCUUGAGGGAAACGAUUUCCGAGAGGCAUUGACCGGGCAUCUCGCCGAGGGAAAGUUGUUUCAGCUGAUGGACCUGACAGUGGUCAGCAAGGAUUAUUUGAGAACUUUAGCGAAUAAUGCAAACUGUGAUAGUAGAAGGGAGCUGGAAAUGUUUUUACUGCUGAACGAUCUUAAAAAUGAUAGUAUUAAUAAGGAAAAACUACUGGAGAUUUCGAAAAAGUGUUCAAAGUAUUUGACCAAUGGUCAGGAAAAUUUUUACGAUGAAAACCCGAUUGUAUACCUAUUUGAACAUUUCCUUGAUUCCAGCAAUACAAAUUUUCCCGAGGAUAUUGAAAGGUUCCGAAAAUUGCCUCAUUUGUAUAACUUUCUCAUAAGACUGAAAACUAAUCCAACUUCAUCAGUUUCCGUUCAAAGUUUGCUGGAACUACACGACCUUCCUAGUUUAGAAACUAUCAGAGAAAAUCUAUUUGAAAAUCGUGAUGAUGACAACGAAGAUGAAGAAGCGAUAACUCAACAAAUGCUAAAAAAGCACGGAAUCAUCCCUUAUUUUGCACAUCCAGUGUUAUGUGAAAAAUAUGCAUCUACAGUGAAGCUCAACUAUUUGCACUAUAUAAAACAGUACCGCUCUAGUUAUGCAUUAUAUCUGUUCUACUUGGAGCAACUACGAUGCUAUUCCCGAAUAACACCAUCUCAAAUUAACACCGCUGCAAAAUCAGUUGCAGAAAUUGCCAUAACGAAUUUUCAUGAUACCAAUUUAGUCACUCACUGUGUAGCCUUCAUUGAAACUGUUGGCGUCGACAGCACGCGAACACGUGCCUACGUACGUUGUUUGAACAUGAUCAAAACUGCAAGCAGCCCGUCUAAGAUCACAACUCGAGAACUGUUGCAGAAGUGUGAGGAUGUGGUGGUGCACAAAGCGUGGAGUGAUCCCGAGCUUCUACCUGAUCUGGAAGCGAUGACCAUCCUAUGUCGAACUAACCAACUGAAGUUCCCCGAACGGUAUCUGCGGCAAUUGCUUGAUGACAACAAUUGGUUCCGGUUUUUGCUGUUAGCUGAAUACUUGGACUACCCUCAGGAGCAGAUACUGGAACUUUGCAUGACUGGUUUCCGCAACCAGAUCCUGGGUAGCAACAUAAUGAGAGCAAUCAAGUACUACGCGAAACCGGUGCAACGCCGAGCAUCAUCGCCAUCAUCGCAACGGAGACGUAACAGUGCAACACCCAAACGUCGACGGAAGGCUAGCAACAACACCGUCGAGAGUCAAUCAAGCGUCUCGAGCGAAAACGACAACAGAAACUGUUCGCAGCCGGUGAUCUCGGAAUCGACAAUCGGUGCAGCGUACGAUGGAACGCGUUUUCUGUGCGAACGCUACGAUCAAGACUUGUUUGCCACAAUCUUGUUGUGUUCGAAUGAGACAAAAAAUUGCAGUCGAAUUGAGAGUACGGAGAACUGCCCGCUGCCCGAUUUCGAUAGUUUCCGACAGCUGAUUCUGGGAAGUAGCAUGGAACAACAAAGUUCCAAUCAUGCGUCUACUUUCGCUAACCUCUUGGAUCGGGCGAUACGACGCAAGUGGCCUCUGUUGGCUGUGCUGGCUGGAAUGGUUUCCGAAUCGAACCGAAAGUAUUGCUGGCUCACAUGGCUUAUGAUAUCCGUGGAGUUUCCGUACACCGCGAACAUAGAAAAUCUACAGGAAACGUACUUUUUAGAAGAUAUCCUGGAGUAUUGCAUCCGAAUGGGAUUGGUACAAAUUCUUCACGAUAGCAUUGCUUUGUUCUAUCCGGAAUCAAACCUCUUCAACAUAGUGAAAUACUUUGUCGAGACAACGGCGACCAACUUCUCCCAAAGUACCACCGACUUUCUACGCAUGUUUCUUCAAAAUGCAGAUGAUUGUGAGCUACUAGGAUUCGGCAAACACGAUCUAAUCACUGGUUCCGUGAAGCUUCUUACAAUCCAUCUGGAUUGUAACUUCGAUUCGAUCUACUAUCAAAUUCAGUUGCUAGAAUCUUUAGUCGCUUCAGAUAUCGGUUGUUUCACGCAGCAUAUCGACUUUGCCUUUCUCCUGAAGAUUAGUAACAUUAUACGAGACACUAGCAUACGAGUUAACUUCAUCGACUACUUCGAGCAAACGGAUAAGUUGACCCAGGAGCUUCAGAAACUCUGCGAACGGUUGGUCACCGAAAAUUAUCAUAAGCAAGCGAUCGAAUUGGCCGAUCUUCUAGACUUUACUAAAGAAUCGAUCAUAUUCGAAUACUGGACUAGUGCCUUCGAAGCCAGUGGUAUUUGUUCAUUUGAUCAAUACCGACACGAUAUGGAGAAGUAUAACUUUGAACCAGAGUUGCUCCUGAAUUUCUACAUAAAUAUCGCCAGCGAACUCGAAUAUAGCGAUUCCAGAAAAUACACUGUUCUGAAAAAGGCCCUUGAAUUGAUACAGGAACGAGAUCUUUACCCAAGCGAAGUAUUCGAUCGUGAUCGCUUGGAAUAUGAGUUGGUCCAAGCUUAUGUACAAUGUUCUGAAGAUCCGGUCAACUUGGAACUGUACCACUCGGAUUUCUUCACCAACGUAUACGAGAAGGAUCGGUGUGUUUUGCAUCACACCUUCCUGGAGCUGAAAGAAGUUGCCUGUAUCGACGAUCUGACCGUGUCCAAUUUACGGCUCAACGAACCAGAGCAAAUCAUACGCUUGGAUGCUCUAAUCAAUCGGUUGCUGGAAAAAGGAGACAUCGUCCAAGCCCUCCGUUAUCAAGCAAUUUUUGAGCAGCGCCCGGUUGAUUUGCACUUCACCGUCUUCUGUAUGGCACUGGCGGAAUCACUGGUUAGUUUAUACAAUCUGUCCAAGGAGGAAAGGUUACUGCUAAACGAGGACUAUAAACGAGCUGCUAAUCGUUUCCAGCGAAGGACCCUACGUUCCACCAGGAUCAGCCAGAGUUCGAUGAACAACUCCCUAUGUUCACCGCUGAAGCCAACCCACAACGAUUCGUCCGAUACGAGCGCGUGCGCUUCGGAGUUCGAGGAAGUCCCACCCAGGGAGAAACAAAAUAUUUUUGAGGCGAUCAAUACUCUCGGUGCCAAAAUCAAGUACGGUCAAGAGCUGGCCCAGCGCAUAGUGCUGACUUAUCGGGUUGCCAUGUAUCUCGACAAAGAAUACACCGAGAUUUUGAAGAUUCGUGAUCCGAUCGGGCUCCUCAGCGAGGUGAUCCAGGAGGAAUGCAUUCAAAAGUUGGAAGUAGUUAGCGAUAUUAUGACAGCUCACCGGUUGGACACUGCCACGGUUUCGGAUUUUCUGGCAAAUGAAAUCGUAACGGCAGUGAUCCGAACAAAGUACUAUCUACUCCAGCAUGCUUCGCCGGUGAGUAACGCAAAGCCAGUUGAAGAAUUGCUCUGGGGCUACAACAUAGACCGGGAGUUUCAUCUGUUCCUCGAGCUCACACCGAAUACAACGAUGCUCGGAACGUUACUGCUACGUUAUUGUGAUGCAAUCAAACAUUACAAACGACUUGAAAAAUCUCCUGAGCAUGGCUCUCUUUCGAAUUCAACUACGGACGAAACCGAUCAAGAACUGCUAGAACAAUUGAAAACUAUUUUCAAUGGUCAGAUUUUAUCGUUGAAAAAACAGAACACCAUUAUUGUUGCACUGUUGAUCAAAGCUCACGAUUGCUUCGUACAUGAAUGUUCGGUCGAGGGAAUCGUAGAGGUUUUACAACGCUGCAAAGCACUGAAUUCCAUUUUGACGGGAGCAAAAUCUUGGAAUCUCAUAGUGAAACUGCUUGUUGGUAUCGGUCGGUACCGAGAAAUGUACUACUGCUUCGAGACACUAAUCAAACAUGAUCAGUUCGAGUCACUUCUCGGACAAUUCGAAGAGAAACAUACGAAUGGUCUCAAGGCUGCUAUCAUCUCGUAUCUGCACGGGCACUGUCCGGAUCGAAAGGAGUACUUCCGACUGGCUGCAUUACACUUUCUAAUGUAUAAGGAGACUGCUGAAAUGUAUGAAACUGAGGCCAAAUCUACAAUCGCUAAAGUCCUAUCGACGCACGAGCAAACGUCAAACUCUUCUUUAGCGAGCGGAGGUUUGAAAGUGACCAUUCCCAGGUUGGAAUGUACGGCGCUAGUACUUUCCGAGUUAAAUUGUGCUAUGGAAGCGUAUAUGCAUGCGGCAGAAAAUUAUCUUCUGGACAAUAAAAUGAGCUCUGCUCAAAGAACUGCGAGCUACGCGGAACUCGUCGCUCUUCAGAUUUCAUUGAUCAAUCAGGAAUUGAGCGGAAAGGCCACAUACAACGACAAUACCUGCAUAUCGAUUCUUAAUAUCAAGAAUGAUGAAAAAGGAUUGAAUCUGACUUAUUACAUCAAUCAUAUUCUAAGUAUUCCACAGGCACUGAUAAUCGGUCGAAAUUACGAUUGUGAAAUCAACUGGACUACUGCACUCUAUCAACACUUUAUCAUCAACGGAGAAGCCCAGUACUUGGAAGAUUAUCUCGAUCGUAUGCCACUGACCGAUGUGAUGAUCGAACAUCUGGUCAAAACCUUCCAGCUGGAACCGUGCGUUACACUGGAGAUGGAACGGGCGGUUGCCGCACUGGUCGAGCUUGUGGAAUCGGUAACCCUCAAGUAUCGGCUGGCAUCACUGUUGGGCCUGAAGCGAACCCUACACGAACUGAUCAACGAAAAUAGUUUAUACUACCUAAAAGAUUGUGAUUAUGGACGGAACGAACAUAUUGCUAGCGGUAGCUGAGAGGAUUUGAAUAGUGUUCCAUACGAUCGUUUAUGAUUAGUAUUGAAUGGUUUAGCAAGUAAUUCAAAUGGAUCAAUUUUAAAUAAUUAUUCGUUAUAAUUAAUCCAUUUGCGGAUCAUUAUUUGUAUAUAUGUAAUUGUAAUAAGCGUCGUUCGCAAUAUAUCGGUUGUUACA